UGCGAGAAACUUCGCGUGAUGCCUCAUAAGCAUAUCUGCAAGUAUCACGGUGUACAGACUAGUCGCGCGCUUCGGUUUCAGCACCGCAGUACUCCUAUCGAAGUGCCCAUGGAAGGAGAGCGCGUCCUAAACCUGGUCUUCGACAAGUAUGAUUGCGACCUCUGGGAAGCAAUCUGGCGCGGUUACGCUGUUCAUGUGCGAGAGUGCUUAGAAGCCGUUGCCUCAGCGAUACGGCACUAUCUGGGUAUCGUCCAUGGGGAUAUUGAACCCAAGAGUAUCUUCCUCAGUUACUCCAAGGCUCAGUAUAAUGCGACUUCAACGCGCUAUGCUGUGGGCGAUUUCGACAGUGGGCAGCCCACUGGUAGCGUGGUUGACGGAAAACACGGGACCCCGUACUGGUCACAGAAGAAGAAGGUCUGGAUUGAUACCGUGGAGGAAGAUGACGAUUGGUGUUUUUUUUUUUUUGAGAAACUGACGAGGUGGUUGAUUAAGAUUACGAAGGGUAGAUUGGAGGAGUAUGAGGAGAUUGGGAGGAAAGUGGAGAAGUAG